AUGAAUCCUACCUCCAAGCCCGAGUGCCAGCCUGAGAGGAUCCAGGGCCUCCACCAGCUGACCAUCGCUGUGCGGUCUGUGUCCUUUGCGGUCGCCGUGGUGGCCAGCGGGCUGGUGCUCUGGACGACGGCUUUCCGAAUGCCUCGCACUAUCACCACCAUCUGGUUCCUCCAUCUGGCCUUCGCAGACUUCAUGGCCUCACUGCCAAUCACCAUAUACAGCGUGGUCACUGGCCAGAGGCCCCUCACAGCUGCAGCCUGCAAGCUCUACACGGCCUUCUUGGCCAUCCGCCUCUUCACCAGCAUCUGGCUCCUGGUCCUCAUCUCCCUGGACCGUUGCAUCUCCGUCGUUUACCCGGUCUGGUCCUGAAGCCACCGCACCGUGCAGCGAGCAGCCUGGCUGGCUGUGUGUGUGUGGCUCCUGGCUCCUGUCACUUGCUCUCCAGACUUGAUUUUCCGAGACGUUGAAAACCAGAAGGGAUGUGAAUACUGCAGCUUCAAGUUUGCCACAAGGGCCAGGAAUGACUCCAAGGCUGUGGAGGGGAGAGUCGUGGUGACCCUCAUCCACAUCCUGCUGGGCUUCUUGGCGCCCUUGGUGAUCAUCCGUACCUGCGCCCAUCUCAUCCGCACCCGGCUUCGGCAGGAAGGCUGUGCCCAUGCCCGCCGGCUAAAGAGGCUGCUGCUCGCUGUGAGCACCUUUUUCGCCUUCUGGUUCCCACUUAACACAGUGCUGGUGGCCCGACUGUGGCAAUGGCAAGCCAGAUACAAGUUGCGGCCCAUCCUCUGAGCUACCUUCUUUCUGGGUUGUUUCAACAGCUGCCUCAACCCUUUCCUGUAUGUCUUCAUUGGCAGAGAUUUCCAAGAGAAGUUUUUCCAGUCUUUACCUUCUGUCUUGGCCCGGGCAUUUGGCGAGGAGGGAUUUUUCUCAGCCUGUCCCCAAGGUGAAGCCCCCAGGGGAUGA